UUUAUAGAAAUAAAAGAAUCGUUCAUUGGGUCUUUGGUAAUUUAAACCCUCUGGGAACUGUAUUAAAGGAUUAUUUGUCAUUUUUAAGGAUUUUUAAGGCCUUAAAUUUGGAAAAGCAAAUUUAAGACUUUUUAAAACUUUUUAAGGACCCGCGGAUACCCUGAGAUGUGCUAUGCUCUCUUCUGGCCACAAAAUAGAUACAGCCUUCUGCUGUAGCAAGCUAAGAUAGGCAAGGCCAUAAAUGCACAAUUUCCAUUUGACAUAAAAGAGACUGGCCUUUUCUGACCCAAUCAUUUCCCUUCUGUUGUGGUUUGCACUGUUCUCACACAACAGCAAAGGUCACUGCUUUACAUCUCAGCUGUGACCUCGUUUUCAGAGGAUUUACUAAAUCUAGACAUGGGUGAAUAGGGGUUUGAUUCCUCCCUCCAAAGAUGUAACCCUUUACUUUUAAUAAUCUGAACUUUACUGGAAGAAAUGACAACAUUGUAAAUGCUAAAAUAAUGGCUCAAUAAAGGAGGGACAAACAUUAUAGUAUUACGUCAUAGGAAAGAUUAUGGAUUAAAAAGAUAAAUUAAAAGAGGCUGUAGAGCUUUUAUCCCAUGCACAAAGAUUGUAUAUCUGUUAGUUAAUUUUCAAGUAUUGCAAUCAAUGUCACUUGUGUCAUCAGACACUUCCAGUCUCUGAGGAUGUACGUGGGUGGACACAACAACUUGCAGAUAUUAACCUGAGCAUGCCGUUGCUAUCAGGAUUCAGCCUCUGAUCUGCUUCGAUGAGGUAAGGCUCGUGGAGCUGACUGAGAAACAUUAACACUAGAAUCCAUAUCUAACAUGUCACUGUUGCUUUGUUAGGUAUGGGAUAUUAUUUGCAAGAUAAUUAAAUCAUUCUCUUAGAAUUCAUUUAACAUGUUUUCCAAAAAAAUGGCUUUAAUGUAAACAGAUACGUUGCAGUGACUUUGUUAUUUACACACACAAAAGUUUUAAACAAGCAGUUGUAACUACGGAAAUUUUACAACAGUCUGUUCUCAACAUGUUAGUUUAUAAAAUUUGUUUAAAAUGACACAAUGAAAUAAUAAUAUUUUUGUUUAUGUGUUAAAGUCAUGUUUUGUGCACAUGUAAAACAUAUUAAAAUAAUAAAAGUAUAUGUUUUAUUCUUCCUUCUAGGAGUUUAUGAAAAUGGUGGUCAUAUUUAACGCCAAUAUGACGAGAGUGAGAAGCUUCAUCAUCCUCGGAUUCCCUGGACUUCCCCCACAGUACUACGGACAUGUAUCAGCUAUCCUGUUUUUGGUCUACCUAACUAUUAUUGUGGGAAAUAUUUCAAUUCUAUCCAUUGUGUUCAGUGAGAAGUCCCUUCAGAAACCCACGUAUCUGGUGUUCUGUCAUCUAGCUUUCAAUGACUUAACAUUUGGCACCGUCACACUCCCAAAGAUCAUAUCAAAAUACUGGUUUGGAGACAGCAUCAUCUCUUUUUCUGGAUGUUUCACACAAAUGUUUUUUGUUCAUUAUUUGGGAGUAGCGACUUCUUUUAUCCUUUUAGUUAUGGCUCUUGAUAGAUUUGUUGCAAUUUGUCUCCCCCUCCGUUAUCCUGUCUUGAUUACAAACAACAUCAUAUCUGCUCUCUGUGGAGUAGCUUGGUUAAUACCACUGCCUUUGAUGCUGACUACAAUAUUUCAAGCCCUUGAUUUGCUUUAUUGUAAGUCAAAUGUAAUUGCACAGUGCUAUUGUGACCACAUUUCCAUAAUGAGUCAAGCAUGUGGAAAUGAUGUUAAAAAUGCCCAGGUCGUUGGUCUUUGCAUUGCCAUGUUUUGUCUUUUGCUGCCUCUUGCAUUUAUCAUAUUUUCCUAUGCUUCCAUUAUUGUGGUUAUCCUGAAAAUAUCCACUUCUGCAGGGCGUAGAAGAACCUUAUCAACCUGCACACCACAAAUAUUCAUAACCGGUCUUUUCUAUUUGCCCAGAUGCUUUGUUUAUGUUGCUAGUACUGUUGGCUUUUCUUUCAGUUUGGACACUCGCAUUGUAUUAAUACUGCUGUACAGUUUACUUCCUGCUGCAGUGAAUCCAACUAUUUACUGUUUCAAGACUCAGGACAUCAAGCAAACUUUGGUCAAGAAAUUCACAACUACUAAAAUUGGAUUAAAAGUAAAACGUUAGACCUUGUAAUCUGCAGGGAUCAGACUCUAGGAGGUGUGACUGUACAGAAGAUGACAUAAGGAGGAAUAAAUAAAUAGAAUAAAAAGUCACUCCUUGAGUUAAAUCAGAUGUUUUCAACCAGUGGCCUGUGGGAUAUGGUUAGCAAGCUGCUUCAAUUUGCAUCACAAAUAAAAAACAUUAAGUAAAAGGAAUUUCACACAAAUUUGCUGGCCCUCAUCAGAUAAUCAGAUUAGUUAUAUUUACCACACUUAUUUGCGUUUCUACAUAUUUCAGCCAGUGAGUGAAUGCAAAGUCACAAUCAAGCCUGUAGAGCUGUGAGCAGUAGUUGUACUAAUACUCCACCGUAGCCUGGCCUGCCAGACUGGUCCUCUGUUUAAUUCUACACAGGGAACUAGUCUGGUAACUCAGAGGCAGAGAGGCGCAUUACGGGCAUGACUUGCCAGCUCAAAAAUAACCAAUCAAAAAAAGAAAGACGGAAAUGCAGACUGCACCGACGUAGUAGUUUUUUAGCUGUAGUCAAAAAUGGCGUCUGGCAAUGGCGCAAACAUAUUUUCUUUUAGAAGAAAGGCUUUUAGCGCUUCUUCUUGUUGUGGUUUUAAAGGUAUUGGCCAGACUUGGCAUUAAAAUUGUUGAAAUUCAGUAUAACUACACUUUACCAUCUAUAUAAAUAUGAACUGGGUUCAGUUUUUCAUUUUGUUAAGGAAUUUCUUCAUAAAUCAUUACAGAAAAUCAUUAUACUCUCCUCCAGAAAGUGAAGAACUGUUUGUCGCGUACGUCACUCCAACACGCAAAACAAGGCAGCUAAAACUCUGUUUGUAUGAAGUUCAUCUCAGCCUGGCUCUGAAUGAAACCAGAACUGUAGUUUCACAUUGUCUCACGCUUUAUCCAUCCAGUUUCACCAACUUAUCUAAUCACAGGUCAUGGAGUUAGCAGCUCCAGAAAGGCCCAAAACAUCCUUUCCCCAGCAACCUCCUCCACCAGCUACACCAGUGGCAUUCCCAGGCCAACAAGGAGAUAGAAUCCCUAUGACAGGAUCUCCAAGAAGUUUCUUGCGACACACUUGACAGUUGCUUGCCUGGAAGCAGCCAGCCUGACUAAAGGUUGGUUUAUGCUUGAUGCGUCCACGAGGUCCGCACGGCUCCGCGCGGAAAAGUUGCGUCAUUUUAACAACCACGCCCCUCCACCGCACCGCCGCAUGGCCCAGAAUUUCCGCAACGUGCACCUAGGAAAUUUUCUAACCACGCGGACGGACAGACGG